AUACCCAGAAUGCUUUGCACUUUCACCCAAAACAUCUUCGCAGGACAUAUUUUAGUCAGCUAAUCAGAUCUUUAAUUAAUCGGUAAUAUCACCACGGCGUUCUACGUUUUAAUACCAGAUAUAUUCACAAGCAGUUAUUUAUCCAGGGCAAGAGUCACUCUCUUCAAUGGACCAGGACUAUGAGCGGCGGCUGUUGCGGCAGAUUAACAUACAGAAUGUAAACUGCAGUCCCAUUAAAGCAACAGAGGCGAUCCGCAACCUGACGCCCACAAGCUCUCCGCUCUCAUCCCCCAGCAAACAUGGAGAUAGAUUCAUCCCAUCCCGUGCUGGAGCCAACUGGAGCAUCAACUUCCACAGAAUAAACGAGAAUGACCGAUCACCUAGCCAGAACAGAAAAACCAAGGAUGCCACCACAGACACCAGUAAAGCGGACGGCCUGGCCUACUCGGCCCUGCUGAAGAACGAGCUGCUGGGGGCGGGCAUCGAGAAGGUCCAGGACCCCCAGAGUGAGGACCAACGCCUGCGACCUUCAACCCCAGAGAGAAGGAGACUCUUUAACUACUCUCUCAGUGCCAAGCGCUCCUCGCCUGAUGACAACAACACUCUGUCUCCAUACUCCCUGUCGCCCGUCAGCAGCAAGAGUCAGAAGCUGUUACGGUCGCCACGAAAGCCCACGCGCAAAAUCUCUAAGAUCCCCUUCAAGGUGCUGGACGCACCUGAACUGCAAGAUGACUUCUACCUCAACCUAGUGGACUGGUCCUCCCUGAAUGUACUCAGUGUAGGCUUGGGGACAUGUGUGUACCUGUGGAGCGCAUGCACCAGCCAGGUAACACGUCUGUGCGACCUGUCGGUUGAGGGAGACUCCGUCACUUCAGUCGGCUGGUCGGAACGAGGCAAUCUAGUGGCAGUGGGGACACAUAAAGGCUUUGUGCAAAUAUGGGACGCCGCUGCAGGCAAGAAGCUGUUUGCACUGGAGGGCCACACGGCAAGAGUGGGUGCUCUGGCAUGGAAUGCUGACCAGCUCUCCUCGGGCAGCCGGGACCGCAUGAUCCUGCAACGGGAUGUGCGCACGCCCCCCCAGCAGUCAGAGCGUCGGCUCCAGGGCCACCGGCAGGAGGUGUGCGGCCUUAAAUGGAGCACAGACCACCAGCUGCUGGCCUCGGGGGGCAACGACAACAAGCUGCUGGUGUGGAACCACUCUAGUGUGGUGCCCGUGCAGCAGUACACAGAGCACCUGGCGGCAGUGAAGGCCAUCGCUUGGUCGCCCCACCAGCAUGGGCUGCUGGCAUCGGGCGGUGGCACUGCCGACCGCAGCAUCCGCUUCUGGAACACGCUGACGGGGCAGCCCCUGCAGUCCAUCGACACAGGCUCACAGGUCUGCAACCUGGCCUGGUCCAAGCACGCUAAUGAGCUGGUAAGCACACACGGAUACUCGCAAAACCAGAUACUGGUAUGGAAAUACCCAGCCCUCACUCAGGUGGCCAAACUCACCGGACACUCAUACCGAGUCCUCUACCUGGCCAUGUCACCAGAUGGAGAGGCCAUCGUCACAGGAGCCGGAGAUGAGACCUUGCGCUUCUGGAAUGUCUUCAGUAAAACACGCUCGACAAAGGAGUCGGUGUCCGUCUUGAAUCUCUUCACCAGAGUGCGAUGACACCAGUGGAGUGGAAGACUAAAUCAUGUUGGGGAUAUGGCCUCUUUUAAAGGUGGAUGGUGGAAGCAAAUGUGUGAAGAAAGGGGACUCUUGUCGGUUGCCGUUUACAGAAUUUUAUAGACUUGCAUCAGGACUGCCUUGUAUACCUCCAGGAUUAUUUUCAAAAGCUUACUUGAUUUGUUAUGUUUAUUUCAGUUUUUUUGUUUGCAAUUAAUGCACAUUUUAUAACAUUUUGUGUUUUUUAAGUUGUUAAAUAUCCUUAAUGUACCAUACUGUAUAACCAUCGAGAAAUGUAAGUGUCCUGAAUCAUUGCAAUUUAAAGGUCGCUUGUCAAAUGUG